AUGGGGCCGCGGCGGCUGCUGCUGCUUGUCGCCGCCGGCCUCAGUCUUUGCGGGCCCCUGUUGGCGGCCGGCACCCGGGUCCGCAAGCCAGUGUCAAAAGCAACAAAUGCCACUAUAGAUCCCCGGUCAUUUCUUCUCAAGAAUCCCAAUGAUAUAUAUGAACCAAUCCCACUGGGGGAAGAUGAGGAGAAAAAUGAAAGUGGGUUAACUGAAGGCAGAUUAAUCCCCAUCAAUAGAAGCAGUCCUCUUCGGAAACCACCCCCUGUGUUCAUCUCGGAAGAUGCCUCAGGAUAUCUGAGCAGCCCCUGGUUGACUGUCUUUGUGCCCUCCGUUUACACCGGCGUGUUUGUAGUAAGCCUUCCUCUCAACAUCAUGGCCAUUGUUGUGUUCCUCUGGAAAAUGAAGAUCAAGAAGCCGGCUGUGGUGUACAUGUUACACCUGGCCACGGCAGAUGUGCUGUUCGUGUCCGUGCUGCCCUUUAAGAUCAGCUAUUACUUUUCCGGCAGCGACUGGAAAUUCGGGUCUGAAAUGUGUCGCUUCGUCACUGCAGCAUUCUACUGUAAUAUGUACGCCUCCAUCAUGCUCAUGACAGUCAUAAGCAUUGACCGGUUCCUGGCUGUGGUGUAUCCCAUCCAGUCCCUCUCCUGGCGUACUCUGGGAAGGGCGUCCUUCAUUUGUCUGGCCAUCUGGGCUAUGGCCAUGGCGGGGGUGGUGCCUCUCCUCCUCAAGGAGCAAACCACCCACGUACCGGGGCUCAAUGUAACCACCUGUCACGAUGUGCUCAAUGAAAGCCUGCUUGAAGGCUAUUAUGCCUAUUACUUCUCAGCCUUCUCUGCUAUCUUCUUUUUUGUGCCAUUGAUUGUUUCCACACUGUGUUAUGUGUCUAUCAUCCGAUGUCUUAGCUCUUCCACAAUUGCCAACCAGAGCAAGAAGUCACGGGCUUUGUUCUUGUCGGCUGCUGUUUUCUGCAUCUUCAUCAUUUGUUUUGGGCCCACAAACGUCCUCCUGAUCGUGCAUUACUCAUUCCUUUCUCACAGUUCCAUGACGGAGGCUGCCUACUUUGCCUACCUCCUCUGUGUCUGUGUCAGCAGCAUCAGCUGUUGCAUUGAUCCCUUGAUUUACUAUUAUGCGUCCUCUGAGUGCCAGAGGUACCUCUACAGUAUCUUAUGCUGCAAAGAAAGUUCUGAUCCCAACAGUUAUAACAGCAGUGGUCAGUUGAUGGCAAGUAAAAUGGAUACCUGCUCUAGUAACCUGAAUAAUAGCAUAUACAAAAAGCUGCUAACUUAGGAAAAGGGACCGUUGGUAGGUUUAAAAGAAAAGGUUAAAAAAGUGAAUAACCUGAGGAUUCUGUUAGUACCUGCCAAAACUAUAUUUACUUUACCACCUAAAACAACAGAUGUAUCAUUUGCAUGCCUGCUUCUUAUGAGUA